AUGUCUAUGUACGGUGGUGGUCACCGGGGCAUGGGCGCCGUGCCCCCGAGCAACGGCGUCGGCCGCCUGACCGAGCUGCUCGACCAGAUCCGGACCGAGUUUGAGACCCAGAUGCGCGCCAGUGAGAACUACGAGCAUCAGAUUCAAGCACAGGUCAACGAGAUGCAGCUCAUCCGCGAAAAGGUCUACACCAUGGAGCAGACGCACAUGAACCUCAAGCAGAAAUACGAGGAGGAAAUCGCCGUUCUCCGUCGCCAGCUUGGCGAGCGUGGCGGCCCCAGCCAGGGCCACAUGGGCGGACCCCAGCAGCAUGGCGGCCCUCCGCAACCCCCGAGCCUGGGCAUGGGGCGGCCAGACUGGUCUUGCGCCGCCGCCGCCUCCCCAGGAGCAGCCCCCCUCAACACCAGAUGCAGCAGCAGCCGCCGCCAGGCCUCCAGGGCCCCCCCCCCUCCUCCUCCCCCGCCGCCUUCGCAACAGAACCCCUUCGGCCAGCAGGGCUACGGCCAGCCUCCCGCCCCGGGCGGCUUCCAAUCCCAGCCCCCGCCGACCAACUCGCCCGGUCCCGUUAAGCGCCCGAUCGGUCGCCCUCCGCCCGGUGGCCCUGCCACGCCCCAGAUCAACACCCCGGUACCGUACCCCGGCCCCAACCAGUCGCCUCAGGUCGCGUCGCACCCGACGCCCGACCAUGCGCGCAUGCAGAUGGCCCCCGCCGGCCACUCAAACAACUCGCUGGGCGACCUCGACCCCGAGCGCCUUCCUGCGCACUACAAGAAGACGCGGGACGACUGGUUUGUUAUCUUCAACCAGCAGGUGCCGCGCGUCAUUGACGUCGACCUGGUUCACACCCUGCAGCACGAGAGUGUUGUGUGCUGUGUCCGCUUCAGCGUCGACGGCAAGUACGUGGCCACGGGCUGCAACCGCUCCGCCCAGAUCUACGAUGUGCAGACGGGCGAGAAGCUCUGCGUGCUGCAGGACGAGGCUGUGGACACCGGCGGCGACCUGUACAUCCGCAGCGUGUGCUUCAGCCCUGACGGCAAGUACCUGGCCACGGGUGCCGAGGACAAGCUCAUCCGCGUGUGGGACAUCCAGACGCGGACGAUCCGCAACACGUUCGCAGGCCACGAGCAAGAUAUUUACUCGCUCGACUUUGCGCGCGACGGCCGUACGAUUGCAUCGGGUAGUGGCGAUCGCACCGUUCGCCUGUGGGACAUUGAGAAUGGCCAGAGCAUCUUGACCCUCACUAUCGAGGACGGCGUCACGACUGUGGCCAUCUCGCCCGACACCAAGUACGUCGCGGCUGGCUCUCUGGACAAGAGCGUCCGCGUGUGGGACAUUCAGCAAGGCUACCUUGUCGAGCGGCUGGAGGGCCCCGACGGUCACAAGGACAGUGUGUACAGUGUUGCGUUCUCGCCCAACGGCAAGGACCUCGUGUCUGGCAGUCUUGACAAGACGAUCAAGAUGUGGGAGCUGGCGGCGCCCCGCGGCAUCUCCAACCAAGGACCGAAGGGAGGCCGCUGCGUGCGGACUUUUGAAGGCCAUAGGGACUUUGUCCUCUCUGUCGCUCUCACCCCCGACGCCCAAUGGGUGCUGUCUGGUUCCAAGGACCGCGGUGUCCAGUUCUGGGAUCCCCGCACCGGUCAUACCCAGCUUAUGUUGCAGGGUCACAAGAACUCGGUCAUUUCCGUCGCGCCCAGCCCGACGGGCGGCUACUUUGCGACCGGCUCGGGCGACAUGCGCGCUCGUAUCUGGUCGUACGGCCGCUACCACAGCUAG